CGAAGGGAGCGCGCAGACUCCUCCUCAUCUCCGGUGUCAAACUUGACAUCAGCCUCUGAGCCGAGAAUGGUAACUUGUGUCGGAUUCGAAGCCCUCACAUCACUGGCAUGCUUCAUGGAGUUAUGUACCUCGUUUUGCCCUCUGAACUGCCAUCAUGGAUUGCAAACCCUUAGUACUUUUUUUGUUUCUCUGCUUGUUUAUUAGCCGCGCAGAACUCAGCAUUCACCCUUCCAAUGAAGUGAACCUACUGGACUCUAAAGCAAGUCAAGGGGAACUGGGAUGGAUUUCCUACCCAUCGCAUGGAUGGGAAGAGAUCAGUGGUGUGGAUGAGCACUAUACACCAAUACGCACUUUCCAAGUAUGCAACGUCAUGGAGUACAGCCAAAACAACUGGUUGAGGACCAAUUGGAUCCCACGCAACUCUGCCCAAAAAAUCUAUGUGGAGCUCAAGUUCACCCUCAGAGAUUGCAACAGCAUCCCAAUGGUCCUUGGGACCUGCAAAGAAACCUUCAACCUCCAUUAUCUGGAGACGGAUGAGGAUCAAGGAUCCAAAUUCAGGGAACACCAGUUUUCCAAGAUUGACACUAUUGCAGCUGACGAGAGCUUCACACAGAUGGACUUAGGAGAUCGCAUCCUCAAACUCAACACUGAGGUGCGCGAAGUGGGGCCGGUCACCAAGAAAGGCUUUUAUUUGGCCUUUCAGGAUGUGGGGGCUUGUGUUGCACUUGUUUCGGUGCGUGUGUACUUUAAAAAAUGCCCUUUCACAGUGCGAAAUCUCGCUAUGUUCCCUGACACCGUGCCCAUGGACUCCCAGUCAUUAGUGGAGGUAAGGGGCUCGUGUGUGAACAACUCGCGAGAGGAGGACCCACCCAAAAUGUACUGCAGCACAGAGGGGGAGUGGUUGGUGCCCAUUGGGAAAUGUCUGUGUAACACUGGCUUCGAAGAUCGUGGGGCAGCCUGUCAAGUCUGCAGGCCUGGUUUCUACAAGGCUUCUCCAGGCAACGUGAAGUGCUCCAAGUGUCCCCCACAUAGCUUCACCCAUCAGGAGGGCUCAGUGCACUGCUCCUGCGAGAAGAACUACUUCCGUGCUGAGGGUGACCCUGCCUCCAUGGCCUGCACACGGCCUCCCUCCGCCCCACGCAAUGUCAUCUCAGUGAUCAAUGAGACGUCGGUGAUCCUGGACUGGAGCUGGCCAGAGGACACGGGCGGCCGAAAGGAUUUGUCCUUCAACGUGGUGUGUAAGCGCUGCUGGCCGGGGCCGCGGCUUUGUGAGCCGUGUCGAGGGAUGGUACGCUUCCUGCCCCGUGCCAUGGGCCUCCACAACACCACGGUCACCGUGGCCGACCUGCUGGCCCACACCAACUACACCUUUGAGAUCGAGGCGUUGAAUGGAGUGUCUGCGCUGGUGUCCACCCAUCGGCAGUAUGCUGCUGUCACCAUAACAACCAACCAAGCAGCACCUUCCCCAGUCACAGUCAUCAGAAAGGACAGGACUUCCCGGAACAGCAUCGCACUCUCCUGGCUGGAGCCGGAGAGACCCAAUGGCAUCAUCCUGGAUUAUGAGGUCAAGUACUAUGAGAAGCAGGAGCAAGAGACCAGCUACACCAUCCUGAGGUCUAAGGGCACCAACGUGACCCUGAACGGGUUAAAACCGGACACCACGUACCUGCUUCAGAUCCGCGCCCGCACUGCAGCUGGCUAUGGGAGCAGCAGCCGCAAGUUUGAGUUUGAGACUAGCCCUGACUCGUUCUCUAUCUCCAGUGAGAACAGCCAGGUUGUGCUGAUAGCCAUCUCCUCUGCUGUUGCCAUCAUCUUGCUGUCUGUGGUGCUCUACAUUGUGAUUGGCAGGUUUUGUGGUUACAGCAAAUCCAAACAUCCAGACGAAAAGAGGCUUCAGUUUGGCAAUGGGCACUUGAGGCUCCCGGGAAUCAGGACAUAUGUGGAUCCCCACACAUACGAGGACCCCUGUCAGGCAGUACAUGAGUUUGCCAAAGAGUUGGAUGCAUCCUGUAUAGCUAUUGACAAAGUUGUUGGUGCAGGAGAAUUUGGGGAGGUUUGCAGUGGGCGCCUCAAACUGCCCUCAAAAAAAGAGAUCUGUGUGGCCAUUAAGACUCUGAAGGCAGGCUACACGGAAAAGCAGAGGCGGGAUUUCCUGAGUGAGGCGAGCAUCAUGGGACAGUUUGACCACCCCAACAUCAUCAGGCUGGAAGGCGUGGUCACACGAAGUAAGCCGGUGAUGAUUGUGACAGAGUACAUGGAGAAUGGAUCCUUGGACAGCUUCCUGCGAAAACACGACGCACAGUUCACCGUCAUCCAGCUGGUGGGGAUGCUGCGUGGCAUCGCCUCGGGCAUGAAAUACCUCUCAGACAUGGGCUACGUCCACAGAGAUCUGGCCGCCCGCAACAUCUUGGUCAACAGCAACCUGGUUUGUAAAGUGUCUGACUUCGGCCUGUCCAGGGUGCUGGAGGACGACCCCGAGGCUGCCUACACAACACGGGGCGGCAAGAUCCCAAUCAGGUGGACUGCACCAGAGGCCAUCGCUUACCGCAAAUUCACCUCAGCCAGCGAUGUGUGGAGCUACGGCAUCGUGCUGUGGGAAGUCAUGUCGUACGGAGAGAGGCCGUACUGGGAGAUGUCCAAUCAGGAUGUAAUCAAAGCGGUGGACGAGGGCUACAGACUGCCCCCGCCUAUGGACUGUCCUGCUGCACUCUACCAGCUGAUGCUGGAUUGCUGGCAGAAGGAUCGCAACAACCGGCCAAAGUUUGAGCAGAUCGUCAGCAUCCUGGACAAGCUCAUUCGCAAUCCCAGCAGUCUGAAGAUCACAGCCAACACCGCCUCCAGACCUGCAAACCUUCUCUUGGAUCGGAACAACACAGACAUCACGUUUCGGACCAUGGGUGACUGGCUGGAGACUGUUCAGACUCUCCCCUGCAAGGAGGCCUUUUCGGGGGUCAGCUACAGCUCGUGCGACACCUUAGCCAAGACCUCCACAGAAAUCUGUAUGGCAGAAGUCAGGCCGGCAGCUACUUGUCCUGAGUGGGAGCCCUCCAUGGGAAUCACAACACUUUAACCCUAAAGACUGGAUGGUGGGGAUUUCAAGAAAGUUGGUGUGACGAUUGUUGGACCGAAGAUUGUGAGCAGUAUCCAAGCACUUGAAGCACACACAAAGAAUGGCCCGGUUCCCGUGUAAACUGCAGGACAUUAUAACUGCUUUUGGCUUUAAGAGACAAGAAUUCUGCAUUGAAACAAAACAAUGACAAACAAUAGCAUAUAACAGGAGGAAGUAGGUACAAGACGAUUAGGGUAUCUGCAGUUCAGGGCUCACUCCCUGGAAGGAGAGAGAGAGAUCUGAGGGACAAGUGGUGCUCAGUGAGAGCCUGAACACCUCGAGAUCCCCACCAAUGAUGUAUUGCCUUAUUGCUGAGGCCCAAGAGAGGGUGCGAGAGCUGUAUGUGGCAGCUGCAAGUGAGCUGUAACUGAGCUUGUGCUUUGGGCGAUGGCUUCCUGGUCCGCACCUCUGCCACCAUACGCCUGCGACAUGUUGGAGUCUGACAGCAGAAGCCCUGCUUGUAGAACAGGAUGGAGCUGAUGGAGCCAUUGACCUGUCAAGCUGUCUUCUCUGAGUAGGUACGGAUAAAAAAAAAAAAAACAAGACUCAACAUAAGAGUUGUUUAAAUGCCUUUAGUAAUCAAAAAUGCACCAAUUCAACAAACCUCCUGAUGGAAUUAUUGAUCGGGUUUGCAGAGAAACCUGAGGGUUUUUGUCAGCUGUUUCUUCGCUUCUUCUUCCCCUUCUAGAAAGGACUGCGUGUCCGUGUCCAGUCUCCUCACUUUACCACUGAGUGUGACCUUUUGACUUUGUGAGGGUCUGGUUUGGGGAAGACCAAGAUAAUUCUCUUGUUAGCUGGAAAGAGGCCCUUCAGGCCUUGUAAAAUGCUAACUAGGCAUAUGCCAAGCAAUAUUUAUCCACUAAGGCUGUCAAGCUGAGUACAUGGGAUUGUCAAAUAAGGCAAUAUGCAUUUCAGAGCAUUGUUUUGCUUUUUUGUAAAAGGUCUAGCACUAAAAUUAUUUUGCUUGAAAGUUGCUGUCACAAGGGUUGAAAAGGCUUGACAUGAGAGGGAGGGGUGUUAAUGAUCUUCAGAGCAGUCUUCCAAUGACUGAACCCAACAUAGUGAAUCUGGCUAGUGUGACGUCUCUGGCUGAAUCUCAGUCAUGUCAUAGUUAUCUUUGCUUUGAGGAA